AUGCCCCAUCCACUGAGGGCUCAGCCGGGGGCGCCGGAGAACGUGCGGCCGGCAGUCUCCUUCAAAGACUUCAAGACCGAGCCGGAAGCAUCCGAGCUGGAGGCCAAGGCCCUGCAGCGGAUUGGGCACUUCGUGUUCCAGGACGACCGCUGGGAGCGGGCCGUGGCGGAGCUGCGGAAGGAGCCUGGCUGGGGCCUGGCCGGCGCCCUGCAGCUGCUGCGCGCGGGCGCGGAGGCCUAUGGCUUCUGGAGCCUCUCCGAUGAGGUGCUGAGGGGCUUGGCUGGGCAGCUGGUGGGGGAGGAGUGCUUGAGCCUGGGCCUGCAGCAGUGGCUCCAGGAGCAGAGCCCCAGGCCCAGGCCGAGCAACGUGAGCGCCCCGGAUAUCUCCGGGGUGGUGCCCAAGUCUGAGACCGAGGAGUCGGAAGUGCCGAUGACGGUGAGGCGGAUGACAACCAUCGCCACAUCUAGGUUCGGAGGAAGCGCUGAAACCUGCGCGGAGACUGACGGCAUCGACACCCAGCGCUUUGCGUUGCAGAAUUUGACGAAGGCUCACACGAAGCCGGGCCAGAUGUUGCCCGACUGGAGGGCCCACUUUGUGAGCCCCAAUUAUUUCCUCAGGGUGAACCUGGGUAUGCAGACCCUGGUCUUUGUCGCAAGCGCGGCCUAUGCUCUGGAUCUGGUCCUGAACAAGUACCCCAAGGCCAUGGAGAUGUUCAGCUGGCCCAUUUUCUUCGCCCGGCUGGGCGGCAUGGGGUGCGCGAUCUGCACGGCGCUGCUGUUCCUGAGCAUGUCCCGGGCAGUGCUGAGUGGGCUGUCCCGGUGCCUGCCGCGGAGCAACCGGACCUUCUGGUUCACUUUCCUGGACUCCCAGAAGGAUCUGCACAUCGAGGCCGGCAAGGCCCUAGUUUUCUACUCCGUUCUGCACGUAGUGGGGCACUGCAUUGGCACGGUGCCCGGCAUACUGCAGAAGAGCGCGGAGGAGCUCAAUGCACUACUGGGCUGUGCGCAAGAGGACCCCCCGUAUAUGGCGGCCUGGGAUCUGAGCUUCCUCCACUGGCCCCACUGCCCGCUGACGGAGGCCGACAAGCCCAUGAACUUCACGGAGGCGCUCUUCCUGACGAUGCCGGGGGUCACAGGGGCGGUGCUGUGUGUGUUGCUGGGGGUGGUCGGCCUCAGCAGCCGGAGCCGGUUCCGGGCGCAGCACUUCGACGCGUUUUGGAACCUCCACAACUUCACCAUCGCCCUGUGGCCGCCUUUGCUGUUCCUCCACGGGUCCCAGGGUUGGAUUGGCGUGGGGAUGCCUCUGGUGGUGGUGGUGGCAGCUCUGCCAAUGGCCUGCUACGCCCUGAGCCGUUUGGGCCGGCUGCUGCGGUACUACCUCUUCGCCGGCAGGGCGGUGAGGAUCCUGCGGGCCACUAUCCGCCUGGGCAAGCGAGGUGAGAUGGAAGGGUCGCUGACGCAGCUUGAGGUGAGUCCUCCGCCUUGUCUUUGGAAGUUCCAUGCGGGGAUGUACGCCUUCAUUUGCAUGCCGGACUACGCCCCACUCCAGUGGCAUCCCUUCACCAUCACCUCAGGCAAGGACGACGCCACGGUGAACUUCAUCAUCGCGGGGGUGGGGGACUGGACCGUGGAGCUCGCGAGGCGCUGCUCCUCGGGCCACCUGCCCCGCAUCGCCCUGGAUGGACCCUUCACUGCGCCCACCCAGUCGGCCAUGGACAAGAAGGUCUUGGUGGCAGUGGGCGCCGGCGUGGGUGUGACGCCGUUCCUCUCGUUGCUCUCCACGCUGAUUGCCCAGCUGCUGACCUCUCCGGAGAAGUGCGCUCUCGUGGAGGCGCACUUUUACUGGAUCACCCGGGAUCCCUGCGAGUUCAUUUUCGGGUGGCAGCUGCUGCGGAAGUGGCUAAGCCACGACCUCCUGCAGUCUAAGAUCUUUGUGCACCUACAUAUCACCGCGAAAGAUCCCUCGGAGCACCUGCCCGGCUUCCUCUUCCGCGAGGCCCUGAGGCGCCAGAGCGCGGCGGACCGGCACCACUUCCAACAGGCGCUGGUGAAGUGGCAGGCCUUGAACUCGGUGCAGGUGGUGGGGCCCCAAUUUCCCUGGUGCUGGGCGGAGGGCGGCUGGGAGGAGUUGCUGUGGGUGCAGUGCCCCUCCUGGGACUCGGGCACCGGCAAGUUCCGGCGGGUGCAGUCCGCGGGCUACUGCAGCCACACCGAGGUGCCCGAAAACCCACAGGACCAGCGGAUGAUUCCCAUCACCUUGGGGCGGCCCAACUUCUGCCGAGACAUUGGAUCCAUCGGUCGGGCAAGGCCCGACCUGAACAUCCACGUGUACAUCUGCGGGAAUGAGGCCCUUGUGUCGGACCUGCAGUCAGCAUGCGUGAAAUGUGCGCAGCAGGCCUUGAGCCGGAAGGGAAAGGCACUGCAGCAGUACCUGGUUCACUUCGAGCGAUUUGGCUGA